AUGGAGCUUCUCUGGAGGUCUUUGCUGCUGGUGAGCACUUGUGUCUCUGCAGUCCAGGGGUUUCCAGAGGACAGCACCAUGGAGGACAUUGACAUCAACAUGUCCCAGCCCUUGCACAUCGUGGAGGAAGGCAACCUGAUGGUGCUGACACCCGCCGGCCUCGCCCACAUGCUCGGCCAGACCCGCUUCCUCAUGGUGCUUUUCCACAAUCCAUCCUCAAAGCAAUCCAGGAACCUAGCUGAGGAGCUGGGCAAAGCUAUGGAGAUCGUGGGCAAAGGCAAGAAUGGGGUCAGCUUUGGCAAAGUGGACAUCACGGUUGAGAAGGAACUUCGUCAGGAGUUUGACAUUCAGAAGGCCCCAGAGUUGAAGCUGUUUUUUGAGGGUAACAGGUUGGAGCCCAUCAGCUGCAAAGGAGUGGUUGAAUCUGCUGCUUUGGUCGUCUGGCUGAGAAGACAAAUUAGCGACAAAGCAUUUUUGUUCACUGACACCCAGCAGGUGGUCGAGUUUGUGAAAGCCAGGCCCUUGGUGAUUAUAGGCUUCUUCCAGGACUUAGAGGAAGAAGUGGCCGAGCUGUUCUACACCACGAUCAGAGACUUCCCAGAGCUAACGUUUGGAGUGAUAGCGAUCAGCAAUGCCGUGGGGCGUUUUCAUGUCACCCUCGACAGUGUUCUGGUGUUCCAUAAGGGAAAAAUGGUGAACCGCCAGGAGCUUAUUAACGACAAUACCAACAAACGUAUCCUCCAUCAACUCAUAAAACAGCAUCUUACAGGUUUUGUUAUUGAAUACAACACUGAGAAUAAGGAUCUGAUUUAUGAACUGAACAUCCUGAAUCACAUGCUGCUUUUUGCCUCCAAGAGCUCCAAGUCGUUCAGUAUGAUAAUGCAGCAUUAUAAGCUGGCGUUGAAGGAGUUCCAAAACAAGAUCCUCUUCAUCCUGGUGGAUGCCGACGAGCCGAGGAACGGGCGCAUCUUCAAAUACUUCCACAUCACAGGGGUCGACAUCCCCGCCGUCCAGAUCCUGAACUUAAGUUCUGACGCGAGGUACAAAAUGCCUUUCGAGAACAUUACCCUCCAGAACCUCAAGAAAUUUGGGCACAGCUUCCUGAACAGAAAUGCCAAGAAACACCAAUCCAGUGAAGAGCUCCCAAUAUAUUGGGACCAGGGGCCGGUUAAGCAGCUUGUUGGCAAGAACUUCAAUCCCGUCGUCUUUGACAAGGAAAAGGACGUUUUUGUGAUGUUUUACGCCCCAUGGUGCUCCAAGUGCAGGGCGCUGUUCCCCGUGUUGGAGGAGUUGGGCAUAAAGUAUCAAAACCACUCCACAGUCAUCAUCGCCAAGAUCGACAUCACAGCAAAUGACAUUCAGUUGACACCCCUGGACCGGUACCCCUUCUUCAGGCUCUUCCCCACCGACUCGCAACAAGCGGUGCUCUACGAGGGCGAACGCACCAUGCAGGGCUUCGCCGGCUUCCUGGAGCGUCAGGUCAAGGCCAGGCCUGAGGAGGAAGAUGAGCUAAUGUCUGUUGAGCAAAAAGAAGUGAUAGAAGAGGAGGUGCCAGCUAAGGAAGAGUUACCUGAGCAGAAGUCGCCUAAGCUGGAGAGUGUGACCAAGCUGGAAGAGCCAGCUGGGCAGAAGUCGCCUAAGCUGGAGAAUGUGACCAAGCUGGAAGAGCCAGCUGGGCAGAAGGCAACAGCUGAGGAGAAGGCUCAGCCAGAGGGACCACCAGGACAAGAGAGGAAACCAAGAGUGAAGGAAGAGCUGUAG